AUGGGUGUAUACGGAGGCUUAGGACCAAUGACCAAUGCAGUUCUUUGGGUUGAAGUGGUGAUAUUUACCCUCUUCGUGGUACUAAGACUGUACACACGAAAGAAGCUUUUGAAUUCCGUGGGAAUCGAUGACUAUUUGGUCUGUUUUGCACUGGUGCUCCACAUACUCUAUACAGUCUUCGUCACCAUAGCCACGCGUUAUGGCCUCGGACAAUUGUAUGCGACCGUUGGAGAUGCAGAAACGUACUUUACCGCCGUGAAAUAUGAGCUCUUCAGCCAGGUAGCUGGUCUCAUGGUCAUUGGCGUCGGCAAAGCAGCUGUUGGAAUGUUUUUGCUUCGGAUUGUGCGAAAUAAGAUACACAUUUGGGUGAUUUGGGUUUGUUUGUUUAUCACAGCUGUUCUGACGCUAUUCGCGAGUAUCACGGUCAUUGUUCAGUGUGUGCCGGUUCAGAAAAGCUGGAAUCCAUCUACCCCUGGAAAUUGCUGGCUCAAUUUCUCUAAUGUCGGGUAUACCGUCGGAUCGUGGUUUGUAGCUGCAGAUCUCUCCUUCGCCAUUCUUCCAUGGUUCGUGGUCUGGGAUUUGAACAUGAAGCAAAAGGAGAAGAUCACUGUCGCUUGUGGUCUCAGUCUUGGAGUAUUCGCUGGAGUAUGUGGGAUCGUCCGCACCGUUGCCCUGUCAGGUCUCGAUGCCUCCGAAUACAUCUACGACACAGUUCCAAUGCUCAUCUGGUCCGCGACCGAAAGUUGUGUCACGAUAAUGUGCUCCACCAUCCCCGUCCUCAGACCUCUCUAUAUCCGCGUGCGAUACGGCAAAGACGGCAAAGACGGAUCGUCUGGCGACAAUUCAUACAAUUUUCCCAUGUACGGAAGUGGUCGAAAGUACAGCAGCAGCAGACACUACGGCCAGGUUUCGAAGUCUGCUGGUGACUCCUCUGUCAUUGAGCCCAAAGGAUUCACCGAUCAGACGAAUGCUAUUCAGCAUACUACCAGCAAUACGAGCGAUGAGACUAUUCUUCGGGGCGCUGCUGGGAUUGAGCGGACAGAUGAGAUUUCUGUGAGUUAUGAGACCUUUGGCAGGAAGGUCUAG